UUUAUCUCCCCUGAAAAGGAAAGGAGCAAAGGGGAGGAGCGAAGGCAAGAGGGCGGGGGAGGCGGCGCGGGCUCUUGGAGGCGGGACUUCCGGGGGGCGGCCCAGAUUUCCGGGAGAACAGGGAUGAGCUCGGCUUUCUCCGUGCCCGUGAGCAGUAAGGGUCCAUGAGCGCCGCACUCCUGGUAAGCUACAGCAGCAGCAGCAGUAGCUCAGAAGACGAGGAUGAACCCGGGCCUAGGGCCGAGUCGGAGCACGAGAAGGACGGUGAUGGCGGAUGUCCUCCUCCGCCUCGGCUGCCCAUUCCAGCCAGCGUGUUGAACAUGUUUCCAGAUUCAGAAGAUGGGGUUGUGGAUGACAUUGAAAAACAUGGUGGCAGAAUUCGAACCUUCCCCCACGAAAGGGGCAUUUGGGCCACUCAUGUCUGGGUGCCUUAUGAAGCAAGGGAAGAUUUUUUUGACUUGCUCAGCCUCCUCAUGACCCAGGCCCAGAGGGUCUUGCCCAGGCUCGUAAAGAUGGAGGAGUUUCACCUCAGUCUGUCACAGAGUGUAGUGCUACGAUACCAUUGGAUUUUGCCUUUUGUGCAGUCCCUGAAGAACCGCUUGGCCUCCUUCCACAGGUUCUUAUUCACAGCCAACCAGGUGAAGGUUUACACAAAUCAGGAGAAGACGAGGACCUUCAUUGGGUUAGAAGUCACUGCAGGACAUGCUCAGUUCCUGGACUUGGUCUCGGAAGUGGACAAAGUCAUGGAGGAAUUUGAUCUGUCAACUUUCUACAAGGAGCCUUCCUUCCACAUCAGCUUGGCCUGGUGUGUUGGAGAUGGAAGAUCCAAGCUGCAGGAGCAGGUCAUCCAGGAGCUGCAGGAGAUUGUGGACAGCUUUGAAGACUCUGCUCCGCUGCUCUGUGUGUGGGCCGAACAGGUCCGCUGCAAGUCUGGGAAUAAGUACUUCUCCUUCCCACUAAAGUGAGAGCGGACGACAGGCCUUUGGUCCAUGGCCCUCCUCUUGUGCCUGCGGUGGCCAGAGAACAAGCCUUCCUCUGCUGGAGAGUGAAGAAGUUCUUGGAGAGUUGUGAUCCCGGCUUUAUGGUUCCAGCCCAUUCUUCCGGUGAAAUGAGGGUGCCCCUGCCCACCAAACACAUUCCUGCCCAGCCAGAGAGUCCCAGACAGGACCUUUGAGGCUCUGUCUGCCUGGGCCCUGGGGCCCCGAAAUGCCUCCUCCCCAUCUCUUGCCCCCUCCCUCCUGAGCAGUUUUUGGGGUGUAAAUAAGUGGGUGACUGCAAGAGGGCCAUUUCCACAGGCUAACCAGCAGAGGGCAGGGCAGACUGUGAUUCCUGCCUGGGCCCCUGGCCCCAGCCCAGAAAUCUUGUGUCCCUGAGCUGAGCCCACCCACCCCCAGGAGCCACAUAGCUCCUCGGGAUCCACGCCCUCACGCGCUCCCUUCAGCUGUUGGUGUUUUGGUACCAUUGGCCUCAGCCCAAAUUUUUUUAAAUCCUUGUUUCCACAUUUCCCUCUGAUCCUGCCCUGGCUGUCCAGGUGUCUUCAGGAGGCAAUAUCUCUGCCCUUCUCACUUCUUCCCUUUGUCUGUCUCUGGCCCAGCCUGAGUCGUGGGGCUCUGUCAUUCUGCCCCAAUGUCCUCCAGCAGUCCAUCUCCUUCUCACCUUCCUGUGAACUCCCUCCCAGCUGCCAGGGGAAAACUUAACCAGAUGCUUCUGGUGACUUGGCUCUCUGGGAAGAACUGCCUAGAUUCCCAAACUCCCAGGCCUCUGGCUUCCCACAUUAUUUUCCCCCCAAAUAGGCCACAAGCCAUUCCCACAGAGGCCCUUCUCCUGGAUGUUCAUAACUAUCUCAAGUUUUGUCUCCAUUUGCCCCUUUCUGCCUGAUGAGCAACAAGAGUUUUUGGUUUUUUUUUAAACCCUUAUCUUCUCGGUUAGAAUCAAUACUAAAUAUCCAUUGGGUUCCACGGGAGAAGAGAGGAGGUAAGGGCUAAACAUUUGGGGUUAAGUGACUUGCCCAGGGUCACACAGCUAGGAGGUAUCCACCUAGUUGCCCCAGGAAAGCAUUCAGAGCUUGGAGGGGGGACCCUUUUUAUUUUUCCUUUAGGCCCUCACUUCAGUUUUUUUUUAAAGGGUUGUCCCUGGAUUUCUGGUACUAGUGAUGGGACUAUAUAUGGAUAUUUAAGUUCAAUGAAAUAAAUGUUUCUAUUUCUGC